GAGAACAUAUUCUCCCGCCGAGUAGUGGCUGCGUGUAGUGCAUGUGUGUCGGUGCUGAAGGUGCUUUGAACAACUGUUUCCCGCUGGAAAAUUGAUUUCACAUUUGAAAAUCAGUGCUUUGGCCAUUUGAUUACAUGAUUCGUAAAAUCUGCGAAUUCUCUCUGUCACUUAACGAUGUGCAUCGUCCAGAUUGGGCCAGCACCACGAUGCCGGCAGACCUGGUGGAUGUCAGUGUUUUAUCGCAAGAUGGUCGCCUCCGAUUAGGUUCCUCCAGCUCGCAGCAGCAGCAGCAGCCGAGUGUGACUGAGCAGCCAACGGUCGUCGUCGGGACGACUAGCGACGCCGGUAACCAAACGACCCGUUCGUGCCACUGUCCUCAAUGGACAUUGAAACGUCCCCGCCAUUGGGUCUACCGAGGAGAGGGCAACGCUUCCAUCGUCUUGGCCCUGCCUCAGGAAAAAAAGAUUGUCAAGUUGGCUAAAAUUGAUUACAAGCUACGCCGGAUGGAUUCCGACAAUCAGUUUGUAGCCCAGGAGGUCAACGGAGGCAUCCGAACAAUCGACGAAACGUUGGAGCGACUCUUUUUCAGUCAAAAAAUACUCGGGUCGUUGCUGGGCGACGGACUGGUCCGUCCCUGCCAAGUUUGCCAUGUAGAUUUAGAAGAAAUUGAAGAGGUGGAUCAUCUCAUUGACGUCUUCCGUCCAGCUCACCGAAAGCACAAACGGUUAGCUCCCGUCUGCCACGUGAUUGUUUGCCCGGAUUGCACACUUUUGCCUCCUGCCAUGUCGACAGCCACCGAGCAACAGCAGUUGCUGUCGCUUCCAGUCACCUGCAACAACAACCAGGCUGCAACAGCAACAACAGUUGAGCGUCAGUCUGCAGAGCCGCCAGUGUUUUGCGUCGAACUCAAACCGAAACAAGGUUUCCUCAGCCAGGGUCAUCAACAUUGCCCUUUUUGCCUCAACCAAUUCCUCAAGAGGAAACACGGAAAGAUCCAGUUGCUCAGCCAGUACUGUCCUCUCGAUCUAUUUUCAGGAUCUCGGUUGAGAAUGCUGAAAGCCAUUGUGGCGCUGACGCGAACGCCGCAAAACAACCUGCGAAUCUUCCAGGAUGGGAAUCUGGUGUUUGCCGAGGAAUGCCAAAACAACUUGCUGCCCGUUUUGCAGCAGUGGUUCCAGCUUGACGACACCAGCGAUCGCACACUGCCUUUGAAACAUUUCUGCACUUUGGUGAUGGAAGCGCUGACGAUGGAAAUCUGCGACGGCCCCACCGAUCAAUCUGUCCAGGGCGUCCAUUGUCCAGCAUUGGAGGAAUCGGAAUUGGAAGAUUGGAACGCGCUGAUGAGAGAACAAAGGGGCGACCAUUCACUGCCUUGUCUGCCGCCCGUUGUUGUUACCACGCCCGAGUGCAAUGAUUCGUGGCUGCUGGGCAGCUGCAACACUCGGCUUCCGUCACGGUCCGUCCUCUGCCGAUUGCUGCGAGUUCAAUCGCUGGGCGACGUGGACUUUGAGCGGCUCUACGACGCCUACGACGCCCUGGUCGGUCGCUUCCGUGACGGCUCCGUCCCGUACGAAACGAUGCGCUGGACGCAUCCGCACACGGGCACGGCCGACUGGCUCCUUAGCCAAGAGAAAACCAGCGACCAGACGAUGGAUGACGUCCGUCUAGUUCAACGCUACCGCAUCUCGUCGACGACUCGCGAUUGCUCCAUCAUGAUCGCCUUCCAGCGUCGACUGGAUCCAUCAGCCAAGAGAGCCACGAGUGGAGCAGCAGCAGUUGAGGAGUUGCCGGUUGUGCGUGACCUUUCAGGUCAUGUGUACAAGUGUCACGCGUCGGUCGUCGACUUGGACCCGAAGCCAGUGACUUGCGUGGAAAAGCACCGCCGGCGAAACCUCGCCAUGAACGAAGCUUUUUGGCUCAGCAACAGCGACGGCUCCUCCCACUCGUCUUCCGUGAAUCGAUUACCACCGCCGCCACCGCCGCCAAAAGUUUGAAAAUUGUUCCUUUUAUAUACGAAUUCAUUAUUCAUCAGAUUUAUUCAAGUCGAAAACUAGUCAACGAAUCGACCGUUUUCAUUUUUCUCUUUUUUGUGUUUUGCUGCGGCACCUUGGAGUUUGAUCGUGGCGCUAUCGUCAGGGGCCUUUAAACCCUUUCGUUUAAUAUGCAAUACGAGGAGAUUGGCUUCUCUAUUUUCACGUCCUCUUUUUUGGCUUUCACGUCCGCCAUUGAUCAAUUUCAACAUUGAAUUACCUAUCCGUUUUGCGUCUGCUUCUCUUCUACCCGAGUUAUCCACCGUUUCAUCCACAUUUUUAUUUAUUUUUCCUUUAGUUCUCCUGUUCCAUUUCAGGGUUUUCAACACUUUUCUGUUUCUCUCUCUCCCCUUUUGAAUUUGUUGGUGGUGAAUGUCUGCGGUUCAUUGUCCCUAUUUCUUUUUUGUUGUGCCCAACAUUUAAUAGGGAAAAAAAUAUUACAAAAAAGAAACCGUAAAAA